AGCUCAGCUAACAGGCUAACAGCUAAUAGGCUAACUGUUAGCUAGCCAAACACCGAGCGGUAACAUCUGCACAGAUCCGCUCCGGUAGCGCGUCAAACCGCCCGGUGCUCGGCCUGGUACCGACCUAACGGCGGGAUACCGACGGCAGAACGCGCUCAUGCACCAACAGGAGCGGUUUUAAUAACAUUAACGACAGUAACGGCUCCGGUUGUGCGAUGGGAGUUUGUCUCCUCGGGGGAAACAUAGAGCUGAAAAAUCGACACCUCCAACACCUAAACUGAACACACACUAACACACACCUGUGUGCCCACACACACACACACACACACACACACACACACCCCACACACACCCUCAGGCCACAGAGGGACUAGUUUUUUCACCUCCAGGUCAGACACUGCCGUCCCACAGUGCAUUGCUGCGUUAACGUCGUCCACCAUGUCGGACGCCCCCGAGGCUGCGCCCCCCAGCCCCCCCACCCUCACCAACCCAGCCCCCCCUGAGGUCACCAACCCCACCAAACCUGGCAGGAAGACGAACCAGCUGCAGUACAUGCAGAACGUGGUGGUGAAGACUCUGUGGAAGCAUCAGUUCGCCUGGCCCUUCUACCAGCCAGUGGACGCCAUCAAGCUCUGCCUCGCAGACUACCACAAGGUGAUCAAGAACCCAAUGGACAUGGGGACCAUCAAGAAACGUCUGGAGAACAACUAUUACUGGAGCGCCAGCGAGGCCAUGCAGGACUUCAACACCAUGUUCACCAACUGUUACAUCUACAACAAGCCCACAGAUGACAUCGUCCUCAUGGCUCAGGCUUUAGAGAAAAUCUUCCUGCAGAAAGUGGCUCAGAUGCCUCAAGAAGAAGUCGCCCUGCUGCCUCCAGCUCCCAAAGGCAAGAGCAAGAGCAAACAGCCCGCUGCUGCUACUACAGUGAGUCAACAGGCGGAGUCUUCAGCCUCCCCUCCCCCCUCCUACCCCUCCCCCUCCCCCUCUCAGACACCUGUCAUCUCAACCACGCCCACACCUGUCCAGACCACACCCCCUGUAUCUGCCCCACAGCCUCCGGCAACCAUGAUGCCGUCUGCACAGCCUGUUGUCAAGAAGAAAGGUGUGAAGAGGAAAGCCGACACCACCACCCCCACCACGUCGGCAAUCUCUGCCGGUCGAGCCGACUCUCCGUCCGCUCAGGACGUCAAACCGGCUAAACUUGGCCUCUCCAGACGCGAGGCCGCCGCCCGACCCGCCAAGACCCGCAGGGAGACUGUGGAGGAGGUGGCGGGGGGCGACGUGGGAGGCGGAGGAGGCGGAGCCGGGAGGAGUAAGGGCGGUAAGCUGGGCGAGCAGAUGAAACACUGCGACGCUAUCCUGAAGGAGAUGCUCUCCAAGAAACACGCUGCCUACGCCUGGCCCUUCUACAAGCCGGUGGACGCCGAGGCUCUGGAGCUGCAUGACUACCACGACAUCAUCAAACACCCCAUGGACCUCAGCACCGUCCGGAAAAAGAUGGAUAAAGGAGAGUACAGUGAUCCUCAAAGUUUUGCAACCGACGUCAGGUUAAUGUUCUCCAACUGUUACAAGUACAACCCUCCAGACCACGAGGUGGUGGCAAUGGCCCGCAAGCUGCAGGACGUGUUCGAGAUGCGUUUCGCUAAGAUCCCAGACGAGGGCCUGGAAGCAUCAGUCCCGUCUACAACACCAUUGGUCAGUAAAAGCACCGCCUCCUCUGACAGCAGCAACAACUCCUCCUCCGACGAAUCGUCCGACUCAGAGGAGGAGCGAGCCACGCGAUUGGCUGAGCUACAGGAGCAGGUUGGUGCUGCCGACCAAUCACAGUUGAAGGCGGUGCACGAGCAGCUGGCAGUCCUGUCCCAGGCACCAGUCAGCAAGCCAAAGAAGAAGAAAGAGAAGAAAGACAAGGAGAAGAAGAAAGAGAAGGAGAAAGACAAAGGGAACAAGGGCAAGUUGGAGGAAGAGAAGAAGCCCAAGGCAGCUGCUCAGCAGCCCAAACCAGCCAAUCAGAAGAAAGCUCCAGCCAGAAAAGCCAACAGCACGGUGACCGCCACGAGGCAACCUAAGAAAGGCAAUAAGGCGUCAGGCGGUGGCUCAGCUAACGGAGAUGACGGCGAGGAGUCGUCUCUCCCAAUGUCGUACGACGAGAAGCGCCAGCUGAGUCUGGAUAUAAACCGGCUACCGGGGGAGAAGCUGGGCCGCGUCGUUCACAUCAUCCAGUCCAGAGAGCCGUCACUGAGGGACUCCAACCCCGAUGAGAUCGAGAUCGACUUUGAAACCCUCAAACCCUCUACACUUCGAGAGCUGGAGCGCUACGUCAAAUCUUGCCUUCAGAAGAAGCAGAGGAAACUACUGCAGAAGGCAGCAGGAGGAGGGGCCUCAGGAGGCGGGGCUAGUCGUUUGAGUGGCAGCUCCUCUUCCUCCUCUGAUGACAGCUCCUCAACAGGAACCUCCUCUUCCUCCGACACAGACUGAACACACACACGUUACUGAACAUGCACGCACACACACACACUGAUCACACACACAGAGGUUUAUUCACUCUACACACAGAGACACACACACACACACACACACACACACACACACACACACAACUCAAUCUAUACAGUUGACACAUUUACAGACACAUCCAUGUAAACUUCCAUCCUGAACAAACACAAACAAAAGACGGAGAUACACACUCUGAACUUCCUUUAACACACACUUACACACACAAAUAUAUAAAACACACACACAUACACACACACACACACACACACACACCCAGACUUGGAGACUGUAUGUAAAUAGGCUGACCUGUUUUUUAGCUCCUAGUGUCGUUUUUUUUUCCUGGAGGAAAUGCUGACAAACAGAAGAGAAGAAGAAGAAAGCAACAACUUCCCAGCGAGAGGAGAAGAAGGAAGACAGACAGGCAGCCUGUCUGUCUCUGUGUGGGAGUCGUAUUGAUCUUCUCUGAACACUCGAAUCGCUGCCGUGGAGGCUUUCUUCUUCUUGUUUUUGGACGGCCGGCUGUGACCCCUGACCUCUGAAAACAUUCCAGAAGCAUCUAUAGAACAUCACGGGAGAGGAGGAGAGACCUCAGCGGGUUUCACUCUGAUCAAGGUUUCCCAUAUGGAUUGAUUGGAAGUUGAGUUGCAAAGAGUUCCCUUAAAGUCAGGAGCAUUGUGAAAACACGGAGCCGACCGAUUUCUUCGACUCUUUGUUUCCAGAUAAACCCAGCAUGUUUUUAGAGACUUGAAACUUGCCGCAGAGAAAAUAUCUCAAACAGUUAAACACUUCACAUUGUUUCUGACUUCAUGAACAUUAAAUCCCUUUUGUAUGAGUCGGCAGGUUUUUGUCUUCUUCCAGAGAAAAAAAAUCCUAAUUAUUAGUAAUUCUUUUUUUUAAGACCAAAAAGAACAAUUUAAAAUGAUUAUGUUGCCUUGUAGCGGUCUCAUCUCGUCCCCACAAAAACCUAUGAAACUCGUAGACGGUCACCUGGUGGAUCGGCUGGUCAGAGUGACCUUAGACAGGAACAUCAGACACAGAUGCUGUAGAAAGAGCCGAUUGGGAGCGAUGUGAGGCGGUUCCGCCUUUAGGGAGGAGACGACCCGCUGUCUGUGUGCAGCAGAAUUCAUCUCUCUGUUGUUGGUCCUUUGCUGUGAGUGGACGGCUGGCUGAGGGGGACGAGCGGCGUCCUUUGAUCCAAAGAAAUAAAAAGUUUGAAGAGUCGACCCAAAUUUUCUCUCUGCAACAAGUCUCAAGUCUUUAAAGUUUGUUUUAAAAAUUAGAAUGCAAAUCUGAUUUGUAAAGUAAUUCAGGUUCGUAACUCGGAGUAGAAACCCUCUGAGACCGACCCGUCCUCUGCCGGUCCUGCAUCCAAAACCCACCCUGUCUGUCCCGGGGUCAGCAGUGUGGGGACGGGGCCAACAGGCUCCGCCCCCCUCACACACACACACACACCCAGAGCCGCCUCCGUCAGCAGAGAGCAAGACAGACUUUUUUUUUUUUAACACUACAUUUCCUUUUAUUUUUCAUUUUUUGAUUUUUUUCAGGUUGUGUGCUGAACUUGUUUGUGUCUUAUAAGGUUCUCUAUAUAAAAAUGUCUUUGUACCGCUGUCCUGUCCCCCCUCCCAUCCCCCCGCCCCCCCACUGCCAAACCAGAACCACUCAUACUGUAUCCCCCCCCUCCCCCCCAAACAGGUCGUCAGUUUUACGUCGGAGGUUAAAAAUGUCUUUGAUUCUUUUAAAGUUUAUUUUAGCUUAUUUUCAAACGUAAACAAAACUUCUGCUGAAAAAGUAAAGAGUUUUCCCAAAAAAAGUUGUUUAAAAUAAACACAUCAAUGUCUUUUACAAAAAACAGCUGUUUAUUUUUAAAUUAUGUAUUUUUUAAAUGUCCAACAUGAAGAAAAGCUCCGACAUCAAGUUGUUCACUGCUCUACAGACGAUAAAAAGGAUUUUAUUUCUCAACGUUUUCAAUCUUUAGCUGAAACUUCUUCAGAGUUUCUUGUUCUAAGAUGUGAAAUUUAAUUUACUAUAAUCCAGUUUUUACUUCCAGCUUUAUUAUUUUAGCUGAGCUUUGAUCUGAUUGGCUGCAACAGAUUUUAUUUUUGUGAUGUCACAACCUCGUAUCCACCCUAUUGGUUUGUUGAAAUUGAUGCGCAGGAAGUUUGUGUUUGGGAGUGUGACCUUUGAAUUUUUGGGUUUGUCGUCAUGUUAAAGGGAAGAAUGAAUAAAGGUGACACGCAUCAUGUGACCUGAAACCUCACAGGAAAGGUUCUCUGGCUGAAAGUUAAAAUUUCCAAUUUUCCACCAUGUUUUUGAACUCGUCACAGGUGGGGGCGGGGCACCGUUCUCUACUCCUCGCCGCGUUUCCUGUCGAUCAGAUCCAAUCAAUCAAUCAGGUCAAACCAAUCAGAUUUAAUCGUGUGAUUUCUCAAACACUCGGCUCACCUGUCCACCUGUCCGUCUCUCUGUUGGCAGAACGCCUCCUGUUGAUGUUCUCCUCGUGUUUGACCUUUGACCUCUGCGUACAGAUGAACCUGACUUAUUUUGUGAAUUUGGAGGUCGGACCAAGUCUUCAGGGGUCCACACCUGUCCGGUUUCGGAGUCUUCUUGUCUUCGGGUUCGUCCUCUGUGAUUGGUUGACCUCAUGUCUGUCGGCUUCUGAUUGGAUCAGGUUUCUGGCUUAAAGGUGUUGAAUCUUAAAUGUGUUUCAGUUCAGCAGCUGCGGACAAACAGCCGAUAAUUUAUUUUUCUCAUUAUUUUCUGCAACAAUCGUUUCACCGUCAGACUGAUCGUUUAUUGUUCUGGCGUGAAACACGUUGGAAACAGACGUGGUUUUAUUCUGAACAUUUCACAGACGAUCAAUAACUGAUUAAUGAUAAAUGGACAGACAGACGGACAGUGAGACGGCUCGUUGCCACGGUAACCCUUCUCUGUUUUUAGUUGAUGGUCGAGCUUUGAUGCUCAUAGUUAAUUUUUGUAUUUUAAUAAGAAAAAGGAAAACGUGAUUUUAUGUAUUUGCAUGCACUCCGGCCGUACGUUCUUUCUUCCGUAUGUUUGAGCACUGUAUAGUAGCUGUAUAGUAGCUGUCUGAGGUUUAGAUCGAACUCCGCUCAUAGAGUAGAGACAGAGAGGACGAACCGACAACCAACAAGUGAAUUAUUUGAUGUAAUUACUGAUAUGGGAUCCUUAUUUUCUGAGUUCCUUUGUUUUCAUAAAUAAACACAUAAACUGAAA